UUUAAUGUACCGGAUUUCAUGAGACCGCCUGAAGAAAAUACGCCACUGUUGGUGCUUUUAAAGUGUGUUUAUAGAUUCAUUGUAAACAUCGAGACCAGCGUGAUGGCAAUGCGAACAGCGCGACAGAGGAGCCAGCUGCCAACCUGCUACUAUGAGGGAUACCUGGAGAAGAGGUCGUUCGAAGAUAAGACAUCCCGAAAACUGUGGACCAGCCUGUGUGGAAACACGCUGUUCUUCUUCAAUGACAUGAGAGACACCGGUUACAUAGAGAAAGUGGAUCUCAGUGGAUUUAUCUCAAUAACGGACGACGGCAGCCAGGAUCGUAACUUGGAUGCAGCCAGAUUCAUCCUCCAGAUGAAGGACAUACAUGUCAAAUUCACUGCUUCUAACGCAGAGUCUCGGGAGCUGUGGAAGGGCUAUAUCCAAUCUGUGGCUGAGUUGUCGGUACCAUCCUCCCUCACCCUGCUACCAGGCCAGAUCCACAUGCUGAAAGAGGCAGUAGAAAAGGAGAAGGAAAGAAAAAGAAAUGUCGCUCAACCUGCUGAACUCACCCACUGUGCUUACACCAGCCUCCAAGCAGACAUGCCAGCUUGUUACCACCGUGUGUCCCGUCUGGAGGCAGAGCUGCUGCUUGAGAAAGAGGCCGAGAAGGGAAACCUCCUGCUGAGGCCCGGGAGUAACGGAACCACCUUCGCUGUCAGCACCAGACAGGACCUUGAAGGCUCCGUGUUCAGACACUACCGUGUGACUCGUAAACCUGAAGGGGGCUUCGCCAUUGACGUGGACGUUCCUGUCCCAUGUGCCACGCUACAUGAUGUGAUCAACUAUUUAGUGGAAAAAACGGACGGAGUUCUGAUUCCUCUGAUCAUUGAGGAAGCCUAUGAUAAAAACAUCACUUUUAUUCGGACUGAUAAUGACAAUGGAGAGAUGAGCAUUCGGCGUGCCUCGUCAAACCUCAUCCCACCAAGUUUACCCUCCAAACCAGUCGCUCUAAGAGUACCGACUCCUAAACCAGCGCCAGCACCAAUUGAAGAAAAUAAUUUGUAUCAGAAUGAAGAGCUGGAGGAGAAAGACAACGAGACAGAGGAUUCCUCAGCUGUUCCAGUAGCACGUAAGUCUUUCCCCGUCUUAUCUUUCCAUCUCAGGAACUCCACUGUUCCCUUUACGAACGUGAAUCAUUGUGUAUUUUUGGUCUUCCACAGAACCGGAGACAAACAAACUAAAGAAAGCAGUAAGGCCUCCAGCUCCUGUUCCUCGCAAAUUGCCCUUUUCUACAUCACCCCUGUCCUCCUCCACCACCACCACCACCCAGGCUGGUUCUACCUCCACAAACAGCCUGCAUUUGAGGAUGAGAAACCCCACAGACCCUCUGGGACCGACAAUAUCGGAGCUGAAACUCAAGUUUGGACAAAAGGCCAGGUGUUAAGAGUGUCCUCUGCUGCUGGGAACCUCUCAAAGCCUCUGGGAAAAAAAACAAAUCAGCAACAACCAGUGACUCACACCAGUACAGAGAGCCAUUUACCAGUCUGUCCCAGCAAGAUGUACCAACACAUGGUAGCUUUCCACACAAACAACCUCUUUCCUCCUCUGCGCCUGGGAUCUGCUCCUCCUCGUCAGCUGGCUGUUGGCAGUAAAGCCUCUCCGAAGAUUAACACUUCAUUGAUUCCCCCAUCUCAGACGCUCAUUAGCAAAUGAAUCAAGUGUAACGAGGGGUGUACCUGUCACAUUAUCCUCACCCUGUUUCUUUUGUAUAUAUUUUCACAUAGCUAAUUUAUAUAUAUAUAUUGUAAAACAUGUAUUACUGCCCAUCUAUACAGUGAAAUGUGAAUGAAAGAAAACAGAAAUUAGAGUGGGCUUGGGGUUUCUGUACCCAUUGUAUUCAAAUAUAAUUUUUCAGUGAAGUAACUCUUUUGCUUUUGUCACAUUCAAUCAGAUACAUGUGACCAAGCAACAUCUACGUAUGUGCCAUGCACUGCAGCAGUAUCAGUUUUAUGAUGUUCUGUACCUGUCUAUUUCCUGUUACAACUGUUUUUAUUUUUUAAAUCAAGUCAAAAUUUG